AACGCAGCUUCAGUCACGUGCUAGGCGUGAGUUCAUAUAAAACGGCGUUUUCAAAUUGAAGGGUUACUGGCAUCGAAAAAGAAAAGGGAACAGCACGUUUGAAUCUAGGAUAGAGAGUAAUCAUAAGCAUGGAGCAGACAGAUCUUUUAAAGCUUGUUCGAUCCUAUCCCGAUGUGAAGGGAUCCGAGAUAUGGCUGAAAAAAAUGAGGACAUUAUUUGAGAGAUGCGACGCAGAUGGCAAUAAAUACCUGUCGAAGGAGGACUUCAUUCAAAUGGCGCAGCGAGACGCUGAAUACAACAGUCUGAAAGAGGAUGAUCCAAAAGCGAAGGAAGUACGGGAGGCUCGACUGAGUGCCUGGAAGAACGCCGUGUUACGCGGACAGGGUAACCCAGACACCGACCGCGUGACUAAGGAAGAUUUCGUUCAAAAUGUUCUGUGCGCUGCGAAUUCACCGUGGAGAGAGCAAUACCCAGCCAUAACGAAAGCCAUCUUCAACGCUCUUGAUGUCAAUGAUGACGGAAUAAUCUCCAAGAGCGAACACGCCGGAUUCUACUACGCCUACCGGAUCCCGCUAGACCUUUCCCCAGGUGCUUUCGAUGCUAUAGACACCAACAAGGACGGGGAAAUAAGUUUGGAGGAGUUCACCCGCGCUUUUAUAGACUUCUUCCUUGGGGAGGAUCCGAACAGCCCCCAUAAUACAUUCUACGGGCCUCUUCUUGAUUAAAUGAAAUCAUGCUUCAAUUUGGUAUAUCAAUUUAAACAAAAGAGAUGAAAUUCCGCGUAUGUCAUUUUUUGCAUCAAGAACCAAUCAUUAAUUACACUGUCUUCUAUCUAAUAAUAGGGGCUUUCUUCCA